CAGACGUGCCUCUUGCUGGGUCUGGUGGUUGCUGACAACAGCACAAUCAACAACUUUUCUGCGUUAACAUCCACAGGACAUGGAGAUAUUUCCACGAGUAUCACUUGGGGAGAAUGGACAUCUUGGUCUAAAUGGUCACCAUGUACCAGGAGUUGUGGUGGCGGUUUAUCGCGUCAGCAAAGGCGAUGCAAGAGGAAACCCUGUAAAGGAAAAUCUAGCGUCAAGUUCAAAAUAUGUAACAACCAGCCGUGUGAGAUGUCCAGCGAUUUCCGUGCAGAGCAAUGCAGCGCAUUCAACAAUGUCCCAUACAGUGGGCAAUUGUUCAAAUGGACUCCACACUAUGACUCUUCUAGACCUUGCUCUUUGAUUUGUCGAGGAGUUCCAUCAACAUCUGUUACUUUGUCAUCAAGAUAUCAAGAUAGUGAGCAGGAUGAUAGGAGAAAUAAAUUGCAGUCGGGUGAAGAAAGUGCAGAAGAUAGUUUAGCUGAAUUGGACACUGAUGACUCUAUCAUUAUUCAACUUGCUGACAAAGUUGAGGAUGGUACCAAGUGCCAUGCAGAUGGACUUGAUGUUUGCAUUGGUGGUACCUGCAUGAUUGUGGGCUGCGAUAUGAAGGUUGGAAGUGGAAAAACUACAGAUGUUUGUGGUGUUUGUGGUGGAAAUGGUUCUACUUGUCAGUCAAGAUUCUCUUGGAGUUUGGAAUCGAUUUCUGCUUGUUCCAAGUCAUGUGGUGGAGGAUUUAAGAUGGCUGUACCAGUCUGUAAAUCUCUACAAGAUGACAAUUCAGUUGAAGAAACGAACUGUGACCUUAAAACGAAACCAGAUAAGACGAUAUUGGCUUGUAAUACUCAUCCUUGCACCACAAAAUGGAUUACUGGAGAGUGGAGUGAAUGCAGUGCUAGCUGCGGUGGUGGAUCCAGAACUAGACCCAUUUAUUGCACUGAAAAAAAUGGAAAUGAAACUAUCAAAUUACCAGAUCACAGAUGUAACAACAGCCAUCGGCCGAAAAAUCAAGAAACUUGUAACACAAUAUCGUGCCCAAUGUGGGAAACAGAGCCCUGGAGCAAAUGCUCAGUUACAUGCGGGACUGGAAUAAGAACAAGAAUUAUUGAAUGCAGAGAUGGGAAUGGAAGAUUGGCGACCGAUUGCGAUCCCGCAGAACGCCCAUACGAUAAGCAAGAGUGCAAAUCUAAUAUAAAAUGUCCUACAUACUCUGAGGAGAUCUCACAACCAUUAAUGCAGCCUUAUCCACCCCCGCCGAUGCCACAGAAAUUAAUAGACCAGCCAAUACCGUCGGAAUCUACUUUUAUUGCUGAUGAAUGGUCAUCAUGCAGUGCAACUUGCGGUGAAGGAAUUCGCCAUCGAGCAGUCCAUUGUAAAGUUUUCCUAGAGAUGAGUAGGACAAUUGCAAAGAUCGCAGAUCAUCAUUGUACGGGACCAAAGCCUCCAGAGACUGAGAAAUGCAUGAUACGACCGUGCACUAAUCUGGAAAAUGGCCUUUCAUACAGAGUUGAUACUGUUGGAGACAGUGGAUAUGAAGAAUCUAAUAUGAUGGAUUCAUUCAGGUCUUCAGAGUCGGGAAGAGGUGAUUAUGAAGGUAGUGUUAAAGUUGCUCCUGGCAGUUCCGGACAAACUACUUACUCAUGGAAGGAAGCUGGUUAUAGUGCUUGUACUGCAUCUUGCCUUGGAGGAGUCCAAGAUUUAAUUAUAAACUGUGUCAGAGAUGAUAAUGGUAAAACGGUUAUUCCACUUUUGUGCACUAAAGAAACUAAACCAGAAUCUAGAAUACGAACCUGCAAUGACCAUGCUUGUACACCUAGAUGGAAUACCAGUGACUUUUCACCGUGUGACAAACCCUGCGGCAUUGGUAUACAAACGCGGGACGUCAUUUGCAUACAUGAAGUAGCGCGGGGUGAUGGGAAUACAGUGGUGGUACCACACCAUAUGUGUCAGACACCACCACCAGUCGAUAGGCAACAUUGCAACGUGUGGGAUUGUCCACCUAAAUGGCAGCCUGGUGAAUGGAGCAAGUGCACAAAAAGCUGCGGUGGUGGAAUCAAACGACGAGAAGUUGUAUGUGAACAGAUCAUGGCUCAAGGACACAAACAAAUACGUCCUGAUCGAGAUUGUCAGGGAAAUAAACCACCAUCUGAAAAAUCUUGUAACACUAAACCUUGUCACGAAAUUGGAUUGAGCGCUCAACCAUUAAUACUCAGUCAGAAUGCAACUUUCGAUCAAGCUGAUCCCGAGAGAAAAGUGGAUCUUAAAAUUGGUGGGACGGCGAAGGUUUUUCAAGGGAUUCCCGUGGUUAAAAUUCGAUGUCCGCUUAAUAAGAAAUUUAACAAAGCACAAAUCAUUUGGACGAAGGAUCGAGGGGAAUUACACAAAUCCAGGAAAUAUAAAAUUAGUAAAAAAGGAGCUUUAAAGAUAAUGAAUAUUGGAUUAACUGACAGCGGUGCCUACGCUUGCAUAGCUGGCCAAUCUCAUGCGGAGUUAAAUUUAAUCGUCAAACGUCGAACGAGAGAGCAAAUGAGCAGCGAAGAAAUUUUACGCAAUGGUAAUACUGUUCAUCAUCGACAGGAUGUUAACUUAGACUCUGGCACUGCUAAUUCCGGAGAAAAUUUACACAUCGAUCGAACUGCACCAGCUUAUCAAGGAUCAUUUUCCUUUGGAAAUGAUGACCUGAGCCAUGAAUCACGACCGGAAAUACCUUCCGCCGGAAAGCCGACGAAGAAACCACGACGUCCAAAGCGUCCAAAACCAAGCCCUCCGUCAUCAGAUUCAAUAUCGAACGGAGAAUAUUCAGUUACGUCAGUUCACCAGCCAGGGUAUCAUGAAUCUGUUGAAUCUACAGCUACUUCUGGUGCUUCUCAACUUGUGCCACAGUUUAGCCUGCUUAUCUCUUCUCUCAAGUCCUAUUGGCCUUUCCAAAGUAAUGGAUCUCCAUACCGCGGCCACAGAAUGGUUCCUUCGCCGUCUUCAGAUGACUAUCAGCCAUCAAAUUCACAUAAACCUCACGUAAAAGAGCAUUCAAAUGAUAAUCUCAAGUAUGACAGCAUGAAUAAUGAAUUCGAGAUGUUUGGUCGUAAUUCAGUCAUUCCUGAUGACACAUUCGGCCCAGAUGAAGAAAGAAUAUUUAUUGACGACGAUCCUUUUGACUUUGAAUCAGCUGUAUGGUCUAUAGAUCCAUGGGAGAAUAUGAAAAAGUCCGUCGAGUCUUCUUCUAAAAAUCGACAUCACGUUAGUACAGAAAAGAACCAAGAUUUCCUCGAAGAGACGUUGAAAAAUGCUAAAAACGAUCCCAAAGAUGUGAUUGAUAACGAUUUAAGUAAUCGAAGAGUACUUGUUAAGAAAUCGGAUAAGAAAUUCACGAAACAUUUUACUACCGUACCAGCAAUUGAUUUAUAUUUAUUUGACCGCUCUAAUGAGGAAAAAAUGGAAGAAAACAAUCAAGAUAAACUCAUUGAAGAUAUUCAAUCAAGGGAAAAAAUAAUCGAAGAGUUGUUGAAAGAAGAGAGAAAAUUGCAGAGUAAAGAAGAAAUUUUACUGCAUAAUCAUCACACAACCACACUUCCAACAAAUAUUGAUGAUGAUGAAAAUGAAUUAAUCACAGAAACUGAUAAAAUUUACGAGAAUUCAAUUCAUACGACUAUUAAUUCUCCAGUAAAUGAAAAUUCAAAAUUUAGUACUGAGACUUUGACGGUGAAAUUGCCGGAAGAUGAUGAGAAAUUGUUUGAGUCAGGAAGUGAAAUGGAACAAACAGAAGAUUCUUAUGAAGAAGAAUUAAUUAAGCAAAAAAUAAAUAAAAAUGAAACAAGUAAAUAUUUGACAAAUAGUUCGAAUGAUGAAUCUUUAAUAUCUAGUGAUGAAAAUGCAAAAGAAAAUGAUUCGGAAAAUAUCGAUAGAGGAGCAUUGGAAGUAUUAAGCAAUGAAGAAACUACAGAAAGAAUGAAAGAUAUAACAAGAGUUGACGUAACUUCGAUAAUGAAUGAAAAGCAUUUGAAAACAAGACAUAAUUCUCAUCAUUCCAAUAAAGAUAGAAAUAAAAAUUCAAAACCUUCAUUAAUUGAAGUGGAAACUCUAGCAUUUGAGAUAAAUGAUACGACUGCGGAUCCUAUCAGCGGCUCUUUAAAUGUACUGAGUAAAGAAACCAGUGAAGAUUUAGUUUUUGAAUGGAUCACAACUGAAUGGUCAAAGUGCUCUCAAACUUGCGGAGGUGGUGGAUUUCAAAUGAGAGGAGCACAGUGUACAGUUCGCUCAACAAAGCAAACUAAUAACACAGUAAAAGUCCCAUCAAGAACAGUAAUAGGAGCUUCACUUUGUGAAGAUGCUGGACUUCCUAUACCGUCUAAAGUUCGUCCCUGUGGAGCUCAAAGGUGUCCCCAGUGGCAUACAGGUGAAUGGACACCUUGUGAGUCCUCAAGAUGCUUCAAUUGGAAAACAGCUAUGCAAAGAAGAGAAGUUUCAUGCCGUUUAACCGAGGAAACAUUAAAUGGAACGGUAAACGUGACAAUUCUCGACGCCAGUAAGUGUGAUGAUGGUAUAAGGCCUCCGCAGAGACAAGAAUGCUAUAAUGACGCGUGUAAAGGCGUUUGGAGAGUUGGAGAAUGGUCUGAGUGUACCGCAUCUUGUGAAGAAGACGGAAUUAAAUAUAGAAUUCUUCAGUGUGUAUGGUUUGGUACGAAAAAACCAGCAGGGAAUGCAUGUAGAGAUAUUUUGCGGCCUCCCGUCAUGAAGUUUUGCCAAGGCCCACCUUGUCCUCGGGUACCUGAAGAAUGUAAAGAUCAUUCGUCGCUUUGUGGAAGAGUGAAGAUGAUGAAUAUGUGCCGAGUGCCGCUCUACCAAAAGCAAUGCUGUAAAUCCUGUCGUUAGGCCCAGAAAGAAAUUAAUAGAAAUUCGUGUAAUUGUUGAUGGUAAUUAGAUAACUAUUACAAAUAUAAAUUGUUCAACUUAAAUGAGUGUAGUCUCUGAAAAAUGGUCGAAAAAUCAACAAUGACAGAGUCAAGACCAAUAAAUGGUCCAUUUCUAAAAAUGAAAUUUAUUUUACGCACACUUUAAACAUGGCACCUUAUUCUACUACAAUAAGAAGAGGAAUAAAUGUUACCUCAAAUUUUAUCUAGCCAUGAGUAUUAAUUAAUUAAAACAAAUUCUUGCUCCUUGCAUUCUCCUGCGAACGCUGGGAAAAAGAGAUAAAUUAAAUAGGUCUGUUAAAAAAUAGAUUUUAAGUUUGACAUUACUUGAAUCUAUUUUUCUGCAAAUCUAAAUAACGAUAAGGAAACAGAAAGAGUUAAAGAGAAUAUUGUUAAAGUUCAUAAAAAAGAAGGGUAAUUAUUAGUCAUUAAACCUCAAAGAGAUUAAACACAAUAAAUUUAAAUUAAUUAUUAACUAAAUUUAAAUUUUGAAAGUCUUCUAUAAGAAAUAAUUCCAAAGACUUUUGAGUAAAUGAAAAGAAUACGAAAAAAAGAAAAUGAACAUAAACUCGUCUGUUUUUAAAGCUUCGUCAUUUAAAAAAUUGUUAACAAAUUUCAUGACAUCUCUUUCAUUCUAUACAUUCGGAGAAUCGUUUUUCAAGACUGAAAGAGUAAUUGAACAACUCUAAAAACCAUUUCUGCUGGGCAUUAGCGAAAUGGAAUUACAAUCACCUAGGCAAACAAUUAUUUUAUACAUUCCGCGAGUACAAAUUGAUCCAUACUCUUAAUUACUUGCUUCUUUUAUUUAUUACUUAUUUAAUUUUCAAUAUUCAUUUUCAUUUUACACGAUUCAAGAUGAAUUUAUAGACAUAGAAAGUAAUAUGCUAGUAUUAUCACUUAUAAAUUAUAAAUUAAACAAACAAAUAGUACACUAAAAAUAAAUUAUUACACGCCUACUAAAAACCCUCAAGGAUCUAAAAUCUAAGCUGUUAGUUUUUAAGCAAUAAUUAAGUAAUGUAAAAUAACGUAUCCAAGAUUAGAUUAAUUAAGAGACUAAUUUAUUAUUGAU